AUGGAAGGUAGGUUAUUUCAACCCACUACGCCCACAUUCGAGAUCGCCACACCAACAACCAACCCGCUUAGGUACAGUCAACUAUCUCCCGCGCGACCCCCACUGUUGCCCCCGCCCAGUCCAGCACACCAGAUCAACCGCGCCCCCGCCACGUCGCUGUUUAAUCGUGAUAACAGUAAUCUCGACUCGUCAGGUAGCCAGACCCCUCGCGCGGCUUCACCUCCCCUACAAAUCCAACCAGGCAAACAGAAACCAUUCGCGUACAUUUGGCUUGACUCCAAAUACUGCCUAUUGGCUUAUCCGGUCCAGCCCUUUUGCACCCUCGACUUCGUGUCAGUACCUUCGCGCAAUCAACUGGCCGCACCCUUCCACAAUACAAACUAUAUACCGUUAGUCGCCUCCCCCUGCCGCGAAGCCCCAGACAACUUGAAACCAACCAGCUGGAUAAACGUGUUGAAGGUCUGCCGAAUCGAGAUCGGCGCAUUCCAGAACGUUGAAAGUUGGCGUCUUUGCUUGUGCAAGAGGCCGGCGGUGAUCGCGGGGAUUUCUGGCAAGUACGAGUGA